AUAAUAAUUUUCGAAAUGUCAUUUAUUGAUGAUUGUAAGGCUGUUAUUGAUGUACGAAAUGAAAUGCAAUUCUCAACCGACAUGUCACCAUAGGGUUGUUACAGAUGAAGGACCAGUUCUGGUGAAUGUAAGAUAAAGGACAGUUGUAGUGCAUUUCCCAUAACCCCCAUGUUUAAACACGUGGUCUUGAAACAUGGCUGCGCACUAGGUAGCGUUGCAGUUUUCUGGACCCUGCAAGUAUUUCUUCAGUUUAAUAGGUUCUUGUGGCAUUGUCUUUUACACAAAGCCCGAAGAAGAUGACGGACGUUACAGACACAACCCUACCUGUCACUUCACUGAAUGACAAAGACACGCAAGAAGUCACUGACCAAGAUGGAAAAGGCAAAGAUCCAUUAGGGGAUGAUAGUGCUGUUACUGUGGACCCCGACUCCAAUGCAUAUCGAUAUAUUAAGGAGGAUCUUUUCACCUCUGAAAUCUUCAAAGUGGAGAUUCAGAACAUACCCAAGUUUAUUGGCUUCAAUGAUUUGAAGAAGUUCCUCACUAAGCAUGGUCUGAACCCACAUAAAAUCAAACUGUUUGGGAAACAGACCUUUGCUUUUGUCACUUUCAAGAACCUGGAGGAGAGAGACAAGGCGAUGAAGGUGGUUCAUGGUGUACAGUGGAAGGGCCGGGUUCUAAGUGUGCGGCUGGCCAAGCCCAAAGUAGACCCCAUCCUAAAGAGAAAGCAGGGCAGGGUCGAUGAUGGCGAAGAGCCCCCCUCUAAGCGCAAGGAGAAGGACCAAGACCGACAAGAGAGUGCAGAGCCUCUGAGCACACAGCUCGCUAAUGUGGUCACCCCCUUAUGGAACGUGCCCUAUGACCAACAGUUGAAUACGAAAGAGCAAGAGGCAGUGGGGAUUCUGCAAAGGUUAACCAGAGAAAUAGGCAACAACAAUAAGGCUAUGUUGCCCUGGCUGUUUAUCCAGAAAGAGAAGCACAAUGGCAUGUGUUGUCCCCUAGAGAAGAUCCGGCCUUCCCCAAUACAGACUGAAUAUAGGAACAAGUGUGAGUUUCUGAUUGGAAUGGGUGCAGAUGGUCAGGACAAGACUGUGGGCUUUCGCCUUGGGAAGUACAAAGGUGGCUCGUGUGCGGUGGUGGGACCUGGUGACACCAUUCACGUUCCAGCAGAGACUAAAAAAGUGGUCCAAGUUGUCCAGGAUUACAUCAGGACCACGGCAUACUCUGUCUACUGUCCCGAGACCUAUGAGGGCUACUGGAGGCAGCUAACAGUGCGGACAACGAGGACUAAUCAGGUCAUGGCCAUGGUGUUCUUCAACCCCCAGAAAUUGUCAGAAGAAGAGAUCGGUUCUCUAAAAAAGUCAAUGGAAAUGUAUUUCACUGAAGGAGAGGGGAAAGACAGUGGUGUCACAUCAUUAUAUGUUGUCAGACAUGGACAAAGGACAUCGUCUAACUCUGAUGACAUGCCCUGUGAGCAUGUCACUGGAGAUAAGUGGAUUUACGAGGAGCUUUUAGGCCUGAAGUUCCGCAUCUCGCCACACUCAUUUUUCCAGAUCAACACACCAGCUGCAGAGGUGUUGUACUCUGCCGUGGGGGAAUGGGCACAACUGACCCAGGACAGCACUGUGCUGGACGUCUGCUGUGGGACUGGCACCAUCGGCAUCUCUCUGGCAAAGAGAGUAAAGAAAGUAAUUGGGAUUGAGCUGUGCCGGGAAGCUGUGGAAGAUGCCAAAGUCAAUGCUGAGUUGAAUGGAUUGAGUAAUGUGGAGUUCCACUGUGGAAAAGCUGAAGAUGUUUUCCCCACUGUGCUCAAUGCAGUUAUAUCUCCAAAUGUCACUGCUAUCGUUGACCCUCCAAGAGCAGGACUACACCCUAAGGUAAUCCUGGCCAUAAGAAGAGCAGAGCACCUGAAGAGGCUGGUUUACGUUGCGUGCAAUGCCAAAGCAGCCAUGAACAACUUCAUUGACCUCUGCAGAGCACCCUCCAACCGUGUGCGAGGAGCGCCAUUCCGUCCGGUGCGCUCGAUGUCUGUGGACCUGUUUCCCCAGACCCCUCACUGUGAGACCAUCCUGCUCUUCGAGAGGGUGGACUACAGCUCAACAGGCAAUAAAGAGCAGGAGCAACGCACUGAAGCCAAACCUCAAACGUCUUAGGUGCACUCUAUUCUGAUUUGUUUCUUUUUUUUCUGUCAAUGUCCAACAACUUUCAUGAUGAGGGUAAAGAAUGAGCACAUGUCUUACAAUGCUUGUGUUAGACAACAUUUGUAUGGUGUUGGUGAUUGGGUAAAUGUUUGACUGGCACAAUUUACAUUAUGGCCUUGCAGUACAAUGUAUUACGUACAUGUAUAAUUUGUAACAUAAUAAAAUGGACUAGCUUACC